AUGGGCGCCGGUGCAAUUUUGGAACCCUUGGUGGUUAUCGUGCUUCUCUUUGGCGGCACUUGGAUAAAUCGCAGCGCCGGUUCUUUUUCCGCGACGCGUCGGACUCGACGCCGGUCAGGCGCCUGGCCUCGUGACGAAUCUCCAGACCUGGUAGAAUCAGGCCUUUCCACGCCAACCGCAAAAGAUGGCCUAUUGGACCGUCGCUCUGCCUCGCCGUCCCUCUUGCAGCCCGAGCCGAGCUCGUGGCACCGGAGGCGAAUCAGUCUAUUUUCGUACUCGUUCGAGGUGACUUCGCCAAACACCGUCAUCUUUCAGGAUCGCUUCUUGAGUCGUCUGCUUCGAAAACUUCCAUUCCUCGCCGAAUGCUGGUACUGGGCCUUGGUAUACUGGACGUACCAGCUGGGUCGAGCAUUCACUGCCGUCACGCUCCGGGAGGGAACUGUAGACGUGGCGAGAAAGCAUGCACUGCAGUUGAUUCGUAUCGAGGAAGCCCUCGGGAUCUUCUGGGAGGUUCCGAUCCAGCAAUUCUUCCUCCGGCACGUUAAGCUUAUGACAUGGACCAAUUGGAUAUACUCCUUCAUUCACAUACCCGGCACCAUUGCAUUCCUUGUCUGGCUUUACUAUUACACCACCACCCGCAAUAGGUCCGACGAGUCGCAACCCGGAAAGCCUCGAGGCGUGAAGAGCGGGUCCCCGGCGGGCCCGCUUCUUUAUCAGGCUCGGAGACGGACACUGGCAGUGUGCAAUCUUCUUGCCUUCGUGGUGUUUACCUUGUGGCCCUGCAUGCCACCUCGCCUGCUGAGCGAUAAGACCGCGGAGGGCCCCGAUGGAGAGCUGGGACGCACCUACGGUUUCGUAGACACGGUACACGGGGAGAACGGCGCAGGCAGCGUGUGGACGGAGAAUAGGUUCUGUAAUCAAUAUGCCGCCAUGCCUUCGUUGCAUUUUGGAUACUCUCUGAUGAUCGGACUGACAAUCAUGACUAUCCCGUUACCUGCUCAUCAUCGCCGUUCUAUCGGACUGACUCGGUACUUUGGACUGCGAAUCCCGUCAUGGCGCCGACUGGCUUGUCUGCUUCUGGGCUUCUCGUACCCAUUCAUUAUUUUGGCGGCAAUCGUUGCCACGGCGAACCACUUCAUUCUCGACGCUAUUGCCGGGGCAGUCGUCUGUGCUCUGGGAUGGAGGUUUAACGGAAUCCUCCUGUAUCUGCUACCAUUGGAGGACUACUUCUUGUGGGUGGUCCGUAUACACAAAUCGGAGCCGACGGAGGGCUUUGGGAACGCCGAUGGCUGGUCCGAUGACGAGAGUCUGGAAUAG